AUGUAUGGUUAUAAUUCACGCGAGUCACCUCAAGGAAAUCUUAAUAAUGACCUGGUGACGAACAGAAAUCUGAUUAUCUUCCCUGUGACUGGCAUUGAGGCGUGGCGAAUGAAGGCGUUAAGUGAUACUGCAUUCACCACCACCUACAACACUACCACCUCCACUAUCACCCCCUCACCACCACCGCUUUCUACAACACCACUUCCACCACUACCUCCGCUACCACCACCUCUACUACAACCAAAACAACCUCCAACACCACCACAACUAUCUCCGCCACAUUCAGCACCACCUCCACCAACACCACCUCCACCAAAACCACCACCACCACCACCUUCAACACCACCAGUCCACUACCACCACCAUCUUCAAUACCACCAUCUCCGCAACUUCACCAACUUCACCACCACCAUUACGUCCACCACCUCCACCACCACCACCUCCACCAGAACACCACCUCCACCACCUUCACAAUCAUCUUAA